AUGGCACCUAUUACCUGCAAAGUUGUCGAUGCCCAUGGCCAUGGAGUCCAGGGAGUUCGUGUUACUCUGGAUUGUCGCAACCGAUUUCGCAACCAUACUAUGAAGCUAGAAUCGCUCACCGAUGCUCAAGGUGGUAUUAGCUUCUGGUAUCCAUCUCCCGUAUCUCAUGACUUUUCCGCUCUCGAGCCGCAGAUUGUGGAUGCCGUCGUGAUCCCUUACGUGGCUUUGACUUUUUAUCCUCGCCCUCAGCUCGUGGCCCCACAAGGCCCAUGGCUGGGCAUUCGCGCCGAUCUCUUCCUUCCAAGCAUGACUAGCCAUGGGGUUGUGCUACAUCUCGAAGAAAGCCCGCGCCUGGAGUACACACCCUACCCGGUUUCAGGUCCCAUAGGCCGACUAAUGGCCUCCCCACAAGCAUUGGACAUUCUUAGAACACCGUCUCCACUUCAGCUCCCGCCACCGCUU